AGGCGGCGGCCGCAGCGCCUGAUUGCUUCUGAAGCACAUCUUCUUAACUUUUCAGUUUCAGACGUCCUUUCCCUCCCUCUUUCCGCUCCCUGAUUUCUCCUCUUCCUGCUGGUCUCCUUCACGCCCUCACUUUAGGAUUUUAUUAGACUCUACUGGACCCCACUGUCACCCCUGCCACCCUCUCCUCAGACCAGCACUCCGCUGGCUGAGAGACCCGUCCGCGCAUCUCCCCAGAAAAACGGCGUGGACUCGCUUCUUCCUCAUUGGCGGAAGUUGGGGGUGCCCAGCGCAGACCGAACCCCCGUCCCCGCCCACACCCGUUGCUACUUCAGGCGGUGCGGCCCCGCAGCGGGCGUUCGGGGAGGCCCGCGGGCUGGUGGGCGCGUGCGCGUGCAUUGGGAGUGGGCGGAGGCGUUGGGGUCUGGGCCGUGGGCGUGAAGGCGGAAAGGAAGGCGUGGUGUGGCGUUCCCCAGGUGGUUGCCAUUGGGGGAAGGCGGAGGAGCCAGAGAACGACUCAGCCAUUUCGGGGGAAGAGGAAGUUGGACCACAUCGGCUGUUUUAGUGCUUUUGCUUUUGCUUUUUCCCCAAUUCAGCAGAGAAUAUUUUCAAGGGGGGUGAGUUAUAAUGAUCUAUCGCGUUUUACUGAGCCCAGUUCCACUCCUACCCUCCUUCGGCUUUUUAGGGUCUGCUCUCCUCUUCCUCGCAAGCUCUUUUAAGAAGGUGGGCAGAGGGGGGGAGAUGGUCUACCAAUGGUCAUGAAUAAUUCAUGAACACCGCCCCUUCGGCGGGAAGCCCCGCCCCUCGGAUCGCGCUGACGCACGCUGCGUUUACCGAACUUGAGGAAGCGACGUCACAGGCCCCACCCCUAAGACGGGGGGCGGGGCACCACCUCCAGCACGUGCUAUCUCUACCCGCGCAAGCCCGAAAGGGUGUGCGCAGGCGCUGCCCACUAGGGGGAGGAAGGAGGCGGGGUGGGGAGGUUGUUGGGUUUAGAGCCGGGCGGAGACCGCUGAGACUCAUUCCUCAGGAACAAGGGUCGGGUGUCAAGGAGACCUUUUCACACCAGCUCCUGUCCCCCGCCUACGGUGGGUGGGAUCGCACGGCAGAGACAAAGGAGAUCAGUAGGGCCGGACAUAGCUGCGCAGGGAAGUAGGGUCUCAGUUUGGGGUGGUGGGCUUUUGCGGGGGCUGUGGGGGUGGUUAUAUUUAAACUCCCAGAGCCGUUAAGUUGGUUCGUACUCCGAUGCGCGCGCAACCAAGGUGGUGGCAGAGUGCGCAUGCGUGAUUCCGGGGCCAGGGGAACGCGCGCUAGCGCUCGCGACCGGGUGGUAGUGGCGGAGGAGAAAGGGGUCGGCGCACGCGCGGUUGAGUCCUCGAGUUGUUCGGGUCUCGCGGGCAUCUUGUUUUGGUCUCGCGGGCGAGUGGGGCGCGCUUCGGGGGAGGCGCUUGGGCGCGAGACUAGGCGAGAAGAGCAGAGCUGCGCGCGCACUCGGGAAAGGGGGAAGAGAGCGGGGUCCAGGCGGGGGGUAUUAAGCCCCUUGAUCCCCCUUGUUGCCCCGACUGGGACGGAAUAAGGGGAGGAAAUGAUCGAGAUGGCCGCGGAGAAGGAGCCGUUUUUGGUGCCGGCCCCGCCGCCGCCGCUCAAAGAUGAGUCUGGCGGAGGGGGCGGCCCCACGGUGCCACCGCACCAAGAAGCCGCCUCCAGGGAGCUCCGCUGCGGGACGGAGCGUGGGCCGGGUCCUCGCGCGCCGUCUGCGGGGUCCCCGGCCUUUGGGGUCGGCAGGGAGAGCCCCGGGGCCGCGGCCAAUCCCCGGGGCGGCCCCCAGGCGCAGUCGCACGGAGAGGCCCGCCUGUCGGAUCCCUCGGGGCGAGCCGCUCCUCCGGACGUGGGGGAGGAGCGCCGGGGAGGGGGCGGGACAGAGCUGGGUCCCCCUGCCCCCCCUCGACCCCGCAAUGGCUAUCAGCCCCACCGGCCACCUGGGGGAGGCGGGGGCAAGAGGAGAAAUAGCUGUAAUGUAGGGGGAGGCGGAGGAGGUUUCAAACAUCCGGCCUUCAAGAGGCGCAGGCGAGUGAAUUCGGACUGUGACUCUGUGUUACCCUCCAACUUCCUCCUGGGGGGCAAUAUCUUUGAUCCCCUGAACCUGAAUAGUCUCCUGGAUGAGGAAGUGAGCCGCGCCCUCAACGCGGAGACCCCUAAGUCAUCCCCCCUUCCGGCCAAAGGGCGAGAUCCAGUGGAGAUCCUCAUCCCCAAAGAUAUUACUGACCCGCUCAGCCUCAAUACUUGCACUGAUGAGGGCCAUGUAGUUCUUGCUUCGCCACUCAAGACUGGUCGGAAGCGGCAUAGACACCGGGGACAGCACCACCAGCAGCAGCAGGCAGCCGGAGGGAGUGAGACCCACCCGGUGCCGCCCACAGCCCCUCUCACCCCCUCACUCCACGGGGAGGGCACCACACAGCACCCGCGGCACAGGGGCCAGAACCGGGAUGCCCCCCAACCCUAUGAACUCAACACAGCCAUUAACUGCAGGGAUGAAGUGGUGUCUCCCCUUCCAUCUGCUCUGCAGGGUCCCUCAGGCUCCCUAUCAGCCCCUCCAGCUGCCUCAUUUACCUCUGCACCCCCGUCUUCCUCCUCCCGACAUCGCAAACGUCGCAGGACUUCCAGCAAGUCGGAGGCAGGGGCUAGGGGUGGAGGCCAGGGUUCCAAGGAAAAGGGCCGAGGGAGUUGGGGAGGUCGCCACCACCAGCACCCACUGCCUGCAGCAGGCUUCAAAAAGCAACAGCGCAAGUUCCAGUAUGGGAAUUAUUGCAAGUACUAUGGGUAUCGCAAUCCUUCCUGUGAGGAUGGGCGCCUUCGGGUGUUGAAGCCUGAGUGGUUUCGGGGCCGGGACGUCCUAGACCUCGGCUGCAAUGUGGGCCAUCUGACCCUGAGCAUUGCCUGCAAGUGGGGCCCGUCCCGUAUGGUGGGCCUAGAUAUAGAUUCCCGCCUCAUCCAUUCUGCCCGCCAAAACAUCCGACACUACCUGUCUGAGGAGCUGCGUCUCCCACGCCAGACUUUGGAAGGGGACCCAGGGGCAGAGGGUGAGGAAGGGACCACCACUGUCCGAAAGAGGAGCUGCUUCCCAGCCUCGCUGACUGCCAGCCGGGGCCCCAUCGCUGCCCCCCAAGUGCCCUUGGAUGGAGCGGACACAUCAGUCUUCCCCAACAAUGUUGUCUUCGUCACGGGUAAUUACGUGCUGGAUCGAGAUGACCUGGUGGAAGCCCAAACACCUGAGUAUGAUGUGGUGCUCUGCCUUAGCCUAACCAAGUGGGUGCAUCUGAACUGGGGAGAUGAGGGCCUGAAGCGCAUGUUUCGCCGGAUCUACCGGCACUUACGGCCUGGGGGCAUCCUGGUCCUAGAGCCCCAACCCUGGUCAUCCUAUGGCAAGAGAAAGACCCUUACGGAAACAAUCUACAAGAACUACUACCGAAUCCAGCUGAAGCCAGAGCAGUUCAGUUCCUACCUGACAUCCCCAGAAGUGGGCUUCUCCAGCUAUGAGCUUGUAGCCACACCCCACAACACCUCUAAAGGCUUCCAGCGUCCUGUGUACCUGUUCCACAAGGCCCGAUCCCCCAGCCACUAAGUGGCCCCUUGAACAGAAAGUGUGAAGAGGCUGCCUUCGCUGCUCAUAAGGACCUGGGGGAAGAGGAAAGCGUCCCAAGGUCUUUCCUUUCUGACUCCAAAAAUAGUUUUCUUCUUGGAUCUGCAAAGAAAGCUUUUCUUCCGUCGCUGCCGCUGCCUCAGCCUCCUCCCUACGCCUCUGACACUUGUGCAGCAAGGCUGGCUGUGCUGGAGUCCCCAUCUUCCUCUCCCACAGCCUGCCAGGCUGGAUGGCAUGGACUGUUUGCUGACCUCUGUUCUCCUAGGGCAUGGGAGGUGGAAGGAUAUAAAAUUCUCUAGCCCUUUCCUCCUAUUCUCCCAAGGAGAGAGAUUCCCAUAUCUCAGCCCUUUUCCCUAGCUGCAUUUCAGUGGACCAUGGAUAGGUGGACUGAAGGUUAGAGGGGGAAGCCUGGUAGGGAGGCACGAAGGUACUGUGAAAAUCUUUCCCUCUGCUGUCCCCCAGUGGGAGAGGGGGUUGGGUUUUGAAUGUGAGAACAGCACAAUAAACUUGAUGUCUAGGGCAGUGGCCCCCA